CGUAUUUGGACACACAGACACACACGUUUUGGUUUAUUGGUUAUAUUGUUUUCUUGGUAAUUGCAGGGAAGCUUAUUAGUUUUUUUCUUGUCUUUUGUUCUGCUCUUGUGACUAUACAAGUUUAAGUUCUUCACUUUUUUCUUUGAAAUUGUACAUGGCAUCUGGGUUUUGUUUGGUUUGAUUGAAAGGAACUUCCUUUUUGUGAAAGAUUUGAAAGAGAUUAUAUUGUUUUGGUUUUCGUUUUCUGGGUUUAUAAAAAAACACUUUUUUUUGCUUUAAAUUUUAUGUUCUGAAUUGGUUCUUGAUUAGGAAUCUGACUCUUUUUGUUUGAGUUUGUUAUAUUGACGUGCUUGGCUUCAAUUUUCCUAGCAAUCAACAUUUCAGUUUGUCUGUUGCGUGAAAGUUCUAUAAUCAUUAUGGGUAUGGGAUUAUAUUUCGCUUUGUAGUUUAUUCCAUGGAAUGGGUGGCCUUUUGAUUGAAUGGGAGAGUUAGUAAAGCUUAGAACGGAUUAAGCUUCCAAUUACUACAAGUUGUUUGGAAAAAUUUCGGAUUGAAAUUGAAGCUUGAAGUUUUUAGUGGUGAUAUUACCUAGCAGCACACUGAUUUCUUCAGUUCAUAUUGGUCCUGGAUAGACUGUUCAUAACAUUUGGUGGUCGUAGAUACAUAUGGAAAAUUCAAUGGCUGGUGAGUCAUCUCGUUCUGAAAUGAACAAUGGCGGACUGUACAUAAAUUCUCAGGAAAAACUUGAGGAAGGUGGCCGUUGGUACUUAUCUAGAAAGGAAAUUGAAGAGAAUUCUCCAUCUAAACAAGAUGGCAUUGACUUAAAGAAAGAGGCUUAUCUACGCAAGUCAUACUGUACAUUUCUACAAGAUUUGGGCAUGAGACUUAAAGUGCCCCAGGUAACAAUUGCUACUGCAAUAAUUUUCUGUCACCGAUUCUUUCUUCGUCAAUCCCAUGCAAAGAAUGAUAGGAGGACUAUCGCUACAGUUUGUAUGUUUCUUGCGGGGAAGGUAGAGGAGACUCCCCGUCCACUGAAAGAUGUUAUUCUUGUUUCUUAUGAGAUUAUACAUAAAAAGGAUCCUGAAGCAGUUCAGAGGAUCAAGCAAAAGGAGGUAUAUGAACAACAGAAGGAAAUAAUUUUACUUGGAGAGAGGGUUGUACUUGCAACUCUUGGUUUUGAUUUCAAUUUGCUCCAUCCAUAUAAACCUCUUGUUGAUGCUAUAAAGAAAUUUAAGGUUGCUCAAAAUGCCCUUGCUCAAGUUGCAUGGAAUUUUGUGAAUGAUGGACUGCGUACAUCUCUUUGCUUGCAAUUUAAGCCCCACCACAUUGCGGCAGGUGCCAUUUUCCUUGCUGCAAAGUUCCUCAAAGUAAAGCUCCCAUCAGAUGGCGAGAAGGUCUGGUGGCAAGAGUUUGAUGUCACCCCACGCCAAUUGGAGGAGGUAAGCAAUCAGAUGCUGGAACUGUAUGAACAGAACCGGGUGCCCCCUUCAGCUAACAGUGAAGCUGAAGGGAGCAUAGUAGAUGGAGCUUCUCAUCUGGCCUCAUCAAAAGCUUCAUCUGGCAAUGAAGAACAGUUGGCAACUAAUAGUCCUUCUCACACUGGAGGUAUUAGUUCAAGACCUAGACCCUCAAAGCCAAUGUCUAAACCAGUGCACAAGCAACCUCAUGCAGAUAAUCAUGUUGGUCCUCCAAGAACCAGCCAAAAUCAUGGCAAUGACCAUGGAAGUGCAGAGAUAAGAAGUGCCUCUGACCAUAAUAUGGAUGGUGAACCCAAAGAUGAUCUGCACCAUGAGAGAGAGGCAUUUCCUUCCCAGGAUAAUAUGAGGGAAGGCCAUACCUUUAGGCGAUCUUCAGAUUGGCUUGGAAAUAAAGAUCAAGAAAGGAAUGUUGCAAGAAGUGAAACAAAAGAUUUAGGAGAAUCAAAAGAUAAACAUUUUGGUCGAUUUGUGGAGCAUAGAGAGGGUAUGUUAGGUCAAUCACCCCAAGAUGCUAUUAAAAAGAUUGAUAAAGACAAAGUGAAGGCAGCUUUGGAGAAACGAAGGAAGUCCCGAGGAGACAUAACUCGAAAAACUGACUUCUUGGACGAGGAUGAUCUCAUUGAGAGGGAACUGGAAGAUGGAAUUGAACUAGCUGCUGAAAGUGAAAAAAACAAGCGUGAUAGAAGACAAAGCUGGUCCAAGCCCUUGGACAGGGAAGAAUAUGAGAGCUCACAUCAUGGGAAGAAUAUGGAUGCAAGGGAUGAACAGCAUCAUGGAAUGAGGGGGCAGUUAUCACAAAGGCCAGAUCGGAACAAUAUUGAAGAUGGGGAACUGUCAGCUCCUGAUGAUAUGUACCAGGGGUUUCCCUCACCCAAGUCAAGUAAUCGCAAACGUAAGGCAUCAAGUCCACCUGACAGAAAGUCUGAGGGGGAGCAUCGGACUGAUAAUGCCCCAGGGUCUCACCAUUAUAAUCAUCAUGAUUGUACAGAUGAUCGAAACAGGAUGAACCGGUUUGGUUAUUUGGAGAGAGAUCAUAAAAGGCAUGUCCCAGAAAAUCACGCCUGAGGUGUUGCUGUUUGCUGGAGAGCACCUUGGUAUCAAAAUUUCUGUCAGAUGCUGGUAAUUGCUUAAGAGAUCAGUGGCUUUGUAGUUCCUUUGCAGUUGGUUGAAGUAAUAUGUCAGUUGUUAGUGGAUCCUUUAAAUAAAGGAUGAUCUUAUUUAAGUCCAAGCCCUAUAGCAGCCAUCUUCUAGUUGAUGGUUGGAUCAGACUCUUCCACAUGAUUUAUAAGAAUGGAAGCGAGGAUUUUGGAUUUUCUUAAUUGAUUGGCAGCAGCAUGCGCUUUCUCUUUGAUCUCCUUGUAGAAUACUUGGGAUCACUAUUCAUGUACAAUAACGAUGAUUCAUCAUCGAGUAAUCAUAAUGAUUUUCAGUUACAA